AACCGAUCAAAUCAACCUCCUGAGCAAUGUCAAGCCAAGAUCACGCCGGAAUCCUUCUUUCUCACAGCCCUGACGGGACAGGAUACAAACUUCUCGAGCUGCCUCCCGAAGUGCUCGAACUGCUCGAGAGCCAAGACUGUCCGACACUCACCCUCCACCCCUCCCCAACAGCCGCUCUGCUCAAGACACCCGCAAAAACCUACUCGCUAAGGCAGAAGAACACAUCCAACGCGCUCAUCUUGCUCUCGCCUACAAGCAACAGCAGUGACCGCGACAAUGUUAGACAGGAGAUCAGCCAAGCCGCCGCGGGCCUAGCCAUCAUCGCCACGGUCCACGAAACCGUUGAGCUCGUGCCUGAGGCGGACGAGGCGGCCGCCGCCGCGCCCAAGGCGAGGGGCAAGUGGCAUGAGAAAUUUGCGCGGGCACGGUAGGUAGUUAGGCGGGUUGAGCAGAGGCAGCGGGUGUUGUUAUGCGUGUGUCGGCCGAGGUCUUUUCCCAAGGGUGAACGAAGGGGUGAAGGUGGGAGGGAGAUAUCCCGGGGCCUCAAAGAAAGCGAUAAAAAAGGGUCGGAGAGUACACGAAAUAAUGGAUCGCGGUGGGGAGCCCGAAUGAGGCACCAUGACACCAUCGAGCGGUUACGUAGGGGUUGAAUCCAGCAUGUUGCAGCGUGAAGGUAGGGACCGUCUACUACCAGGUACAAUACCACCAUGUCCACGAAGCAGGCCAGCAAGCCAUCCGUUGCGUACAACACUAAAAUACCUUAAUAAAC